GUCAGCAGAAGAUGCCCUCGGCUAGAGUGCAGAGGCAGCAAAUAAAAAUCGUUAUCCGGCGUUCACAUGCGCCAUCACCACCCAGCAAUCCGCCAACCCGUGCCGUGAUCCUUCCGACGCCGAUCCCCCACCUCCAACUCCAAUGGCAGGCGCCAUCCGCUUCACAUGAUCUCACUGUCACACACUUCGAGCCGCUUAGCUUAUUAGCUGUGCCUUGCACAGUCCGCACGUGCCUCUCGAUCUGUCCGUCAUCCUCUCGCUCGCCUUCUCCUCUUCUUGGCCUUGUGCCGACUGCUGCUGAGCACACACACGGUCUCGCAUACUCGGAGGCGACAAUGGCAGGGUGUCUUGUUGCCCGGACGUCCUCGUCCAAGCGCCAGCAGCUGAGCUUGUCUAUUCUCCUCCUCGUCCUCUUCCAGAGCUCGUGCUCGUGCUGCUACGCGGCGACGGUGGGUUACAGUUACAGCGAACAGGAGGGCGACCGGGUUGCGUUCCUCCCCGGGCAGCCGCGGAGCCCUCCGGUGUCGCAGUUCGCCGGGUACAUCACCGUGAAUGAACGCAACGGGAGGGCGCUCUUCUACUGGUUCUUUGAGGCUCAGACGUCGCCGGCGCACAAGCCUCUCCUGCUCUGGCUCAAUGGAGGGCCUGGUUGCUCAUCAAUUGGGUACGGCGCUGCUUCUGAGUUGGGGCCUCUAAGAGUAACUAGACACGGGGCAGGGCUUGAGUUCAACAAAUUUGCGUGGAACAGAGAGGCCAACUUGCUCUUCCUGGAGUCACCUGUUGGGGUGGGCUUCUCCUACACCAACACAUCCUCUGACCUCACCAAACUGGAUGAUGCUUUCGUAGCUGAAGAUGCAUACAGCUUCUUAGUAAAUUGGUUCAAGAGGUUUCCGCAGUACAAGGGCCGCGAGUUUUAUAUCUCUGGGGAGAGCUAUGCAGGUCACUAUGUGCCACAACUUGCUGAACUUGUCUAUGACAGAAACAAAGGCAAGACCAACACAUACAUCAACCUUAAAGGUUUCAUGGUCGGUAAUCCACUAACUGACGAUUACUACGACUCCAAGGGGCUGGCUGAAUAUGCUUGGAGCCACUCAGUAGUGUCAGAUGAAGUUUAUGAGCGCAUCAAGAAGGUCUGUGAUUUUAGGAUCUCAAACUGGACCGAUGAUUGUGAUAAAGUCAUGACCACUGUGUUCAACCAGUACCAAGAGAUUGACAUUUACAACAUCUACGCGCCCAGAUGCAAUCUUCCUCCGUCAUCAGCUGCACUUGCUGUUGAUCAAGAAUUCGUAGCUAACGAUCAGGAACAUUUCAGGCGAAGGAUUAGGAUGUUCUCUGGGUAUGACCCGUGCUAUUCUUCGUAUGCUGAAAAAUACUUCAAUAACGCAGAUGUGCAGAGAGCAUUCCACGCAAAUGUCAGUGGAUCUCGAAAAUGGCAAGUUUGCAGUGAUUCAAUUUUAAGGUCAUACAAUUUUUCGGUACUUUCCAUCUUACCAAUCUACUCUAAGCUUAUCAAAUCAGGAUUGAGGGUCUGGCUCUACAGUGGAGAUGCAGAUGGUAGGGUUCCAGUGAUUGGAUCGCGGUAUUGUGUGGAAGCCCUGGGCCUGCCUGUCAAGACACAAUGGCAACCCUGGUACCUGAACAAACAGGUUGCAGGAAGAUUUGUGGAGUACCAUGGCAUGACAAUGGUGACAAUCAGAGGAGCUGGUCAUUUGGUGCCCCUCAACAAACCUUCAGAAGGUCUCACACUUAUCGACACAUUCCUUCAGGGCAAACAGCUUCCCGCACACAGAUGACAAUAGUGUUUAGGAUUGUGAUGAGGGUUAUUUCAGAAAACAAAAUCUCAAGGAUUGGACACUAUGUGCGCCACACAUGGGCUAAUUAGUAAGGAUUUCAUUUCCAGUUGUUGCACAAAUUGGGUUACUUGGUUACAAAUAGACCAUACUCAACUGGAUAUUGGUUACAUCAAUCUCAAUACCGGUUAUCUGAUUA